AUGGGUUGUGGACUAAACAAAUUAGAGAAACGUGAUGAAAAACGGCCUGGUAAUAUCUAUUCAACUUUGAAGAGGCCCCAGGUAGAAACCAAGAUAGAUGUUUCCUAUGAGUAUCGUUUCCUGGAGUUCACAACUCUGAAUGAUGAUGAGCUACCAAGAUCCUCUGCAAUCAAGCUCUCUUCCUGGCGUGAUCUUCCAUCUCAGCUGCAAGAACUGUAUCAGCAGGGUUUUAUCUUGGCUGCUGUCCACCCUUUUGUGCAGCCAACUGAUGAAAAAGAGAGGACUCCCCAGGAACAAAUCUUCAGGGCUGUGCUGAUCAAGAAAACAGAAAGAUCUGUGAAAAGUGAUGUUCACAGUGAAGGAUACACACUGGAGCUAGACUGCUGCUCCUCCUUGGACCAACUCUCGGACAAAACAAAGAUACCAGAUUUUAUUGAGAAAAUUCAAGAUGCAGCAAGUCAAGGCUUGAAGUUUGUUGGAAUUAUACCUCAGUACAGUUCCCAGGUGAACUCCCAAGCCAGCACUGCUGUGGCACCCACCGCUAACAACUCUGCACAACCACAAGAUGUCAAAAAUACAUCAAACUAUUCAGAGGAUCAUGCUUCAUUGGAUAGCAAGAAAGCAGAUGAUGCUAAUGGAUGCAGUGCACCAGCCCCAAGUGAGGAAAAUGCUGACCAGAGUGUAGAGCUCAGUGGGGAUGUAAGAGGGGAAGAACCAGUUAUUGAGCAUCUGAGCUUAAACUCUGCAGGGGAGAAUGGAGAGCAGUUUCAAGGAGAGAGCCCAAGUGUUUCACCAAGACUCAGAGAAGCAACAGACAAUCAAGAAGGGGUAGCAGAAAGCGACACAUCAGCAUUGUGUACAGAACCACUUCCUGGAACAAUGGAAAUAUUUGCUAUCUUCAACAAGCCAAAGACCCAGCAAAAAUGCAGCCAGUACUAUACUGUGAUGAUUCCUAUGAAGAUCUCCAGGAAUGGGAAGACUGUCAACAGCUUAGAAGCAAAUUGGCUGGAGCACAUGACAGAUCACUUCAGGAAAGGAGGCUUGCUGGUGAACGCCAUCUUCAGCCUUGGAAUGGUAAAUGCAGAUUCCAUGCAGGGCUUGAUAGAUGGAGUGUUUGUCUUUGAAGAUCUUUCUAUGGAAGACAGUAAAACUAUACAGGGCUAUGAUGCGAUUGUUGUGGAACAAUGGACUGUCCUAGAAGGAAUUGAAGUGCAGACAGAUUAUAUUCCACUUUUGAACUCUCUUGCGGUGUAUGGUUGGCAGCUGACUUGUGUGCUUCCUACUCCAAUUGUAAAGACAAACAGGGAGGGGAAUUUAGCCACUAAGCAGAUUGUCUUUCUUCAGAGACCCUCUCUACCCCAGAAAGCAAAGAAGAAAGAAUCUAAGUUUCACUGGAGGUUCUCCAAAGAAGAGAUGCACAACAAACAAACAAAGAAAUCUAACAAGGCUAAACUAAGUUCAAGGGAGAAACAAACAGCAGAAGAAAAACAGGAGAGUGAAGUUAUAGAGAACACAAGAAAUUUAGAAGCACAAUUGUCAACAAUUGAAAAUGUUGGGAACUGCAAACCAGUCUUGAAUGAACAACUGGAUAGUAUCGCAGACAAGACAUCUGAGAUGCAUGAGGACAAAGACACAUCUAUCCAUGGCAAUGAGGAAUCAGAAGAAAAAUGGCAUCCAAGUCAUGAUACUGAUCAAAAAGAAGUGGAAGUGUGCUUGAGUCACAAUGAGACAUCGGACAACUGUGAGAACCAGAUAACGCAUGAAGGAAGCUGUGUUCUAACAACUGACAGUGGGGAUGGAGACAAUGGGGCUGGAGCCAUGGAUGCUUCCUGCAAUUAAUCACCCGCAUCUCAA